UGGUAGCAAGUUCGUCUCACCCUUGGCACAUGUGAGAGCGCAAUGAAGGGACAGCAGUGUUGAGCAAAACUUUCAAAAUAUCGGGGUUGCUAUCACGUUGAAAGCAGUUUAGACAUGAAGAAGAAGCAGGCGGCUACAGAAGAGCCAGCAGAGAUGAUUCUGUCAGACUCCUUUCAUGAAGAGGAGGAAAAUGAGGCUCCUGUUAAAGCCAAAAGGACCAAACCUGAUGCUGGAGAGGAGGAGGAGGUGGUUUACCACCCAGUGAAGCUGUCUCGAAAUGAUCUGUACAGACCUCCUACAGCAGAGGAGCUAAACCAGCUGAAAGAAGCUGAAAGCCUUUUUCACUGCAGCCUCCUCAAAAUGCAGAUGGGGGAGUUGCUAAAAGAAGUCGCCCUGAGUGAGCGCAGGAAACAACAAAUAGAUUCCUUCAUUCAGACGGUCACCAAGUUGCUUCAAACUGUGCCAGAUUCACCAGAGGUUGAGGUAAGUGACCUGUCAUGGCUGUCUGGUACAGUUAAGGUCCCUUUUCUCCUGCUGCCCAAAAUAACAAAGGGAAAAUUCCACAUGGCACCUCCGGCUUCCAUUGAUCUGAUCGGGAGCUAUCCGCUGGGCACCUGCACCAAACCACACGUCAUGGUGGACCUGGCUGUAACAAUCCCAGCUGAUGUCCUCCACCCAAAAGAUGUUGUGAACCAGAGGUAUCCGAGGAAAAGGGCUCUCUAUCUGGCAGGCCUAGCCCAGUAUCUCACAUCCUCUUCUGACAUCGGGACCAUGCGUUACUCCUGUCUCCAUGGGAACCGACUUCGACCCGUUCUGCUGCUGACCCCUCCAGAUAAAAAUUCUUCCAGCUUCACUGUCCGUGUUCACGCCUGUCCGCCUCCUGGGUUCUUCAAGCCCAGUCGCUUCCACCCCCAGAGGAAUAACAUCCGGACAGAAUGGUACACUGGAUUGCAGACAUCCUACUCUGAGAGCAGCGAGCCUCCCACACCGCACUACAACAGCUCUGUUCUGGGGGAUUUACUACCCAGGACUCACCUCCAGUUUCUGUCUGCUAUCAGCUCUCAGUGCUCAGCUUUUGCUGAUGGGGUGGCGUUGCUCAAGGUCUGGCUUCGUCAAAGAGAACUCAACCAGGGUACAGGCUGUUUUAAUGGCUUCCUAGCUUCAAUGCUAAUGGCUUACCUGCUGACUACUCACAGAAUCAGUAACACCAUGACAGCCUAUCAGCUGCUUCGAAAUAGCUUAAACUUCCUGGCGUCUACAGACCUGACAGUGAAUGGAAUUAGCCUAGCCAGAGAUGCUGAUUCUACAGCUCCAACUCUUGCAGAGUUCCACAGUGCUUUCCAGGUUGUGUUUGUUGACCCUUCAGGACAUCUUAACAUGUGUGCUGACAUGACUGCUUGUACCUACAUGCAGCUGCAGCACGAGGCAUCCGUGUCGAUGCAGUUCUGGGACAACCCUACAGUGGACGGAUUCCACAGUCUCCUCAUGACGCCCAAACCCAUGAUAAGGACAAGUGACCAUGUAUUCCAGUUAUGUGAGCUGGUGAAGCUUCAGUCCAGCUGUAAGAAACUGAAUCUCCUCAGUGAGUUGAUGGACCACAGUGGAAAUUACGUCCACACUGCACUCCCUUUUAUUCUGUCACUGCUCCAGCGAGGACUGGACCAACGGAUUCAGCUCCUCACCCACUCCCUCUCUCCUGACCCUGAGUGGUCUGUGGAGAGUGAAGCCCCAAAGUACAAAGCUCAGCCUCCCCUCUCCUUCGGUUUACUGUUUAGGCCAGAGCUGGCAGCCUCUGUCCUAGAAAGAGGCCCACCAGCAGACAGCCCCAAGGCAGCUGAAUUUCGUCAGCUGUGGGGCCUUCGCUCUGAGCUGCGCCGCUUCCAGGAUGGUGCCAUCACCGAGGCAGUGCUGUGGGAUGGGGAGAGCAUGUGCCAAAAGCGGCUGGUCCCCAAACAGAUCAUCACACACCUGCUACAGCUGCAUGCAGACAUCCCCGAGUCCUGUGUGCGCUACGUCGGGGCGAUGGUGGAUGACGUCAUCAAAAGUGGAAGUGAGGUGCCGAGUACUGGGGAGGAGAAGAGUUUAGCUGUCGUUCAGUCCUAUGAUGACCUGAGCAGAAAACUCUGGAGGCUGGAAGGGCUUCCUCUGUCCAUCACAGCAGUGCAAGGAGCCCAUCCUGCACUCAGAUACACACAGGUCUUUCCUCCUAAGCCACUGAAGAUGGACUACUCCUUUUUUGACAAAGAAAAGACUUGCAGAUCAUUGGUGCCGAAGGAAGGCAAGCCUUGCCCCGCUUACAUCACCCCCAUUACAGUAAUCUGUCACAUGGAGGGAAGUGGAAAGUGGCCUCAUGAUCGCCUUGCAAUCCGCCAUAUCCGAGCUGCCUUCCACAUCCAACUGGGAGAGUUACUCAGGAAGCACCAUAAAUAUACAUGCAGACCCUGUCCAACACAUUUGGAUGUCUGGAAGGACGGCUUGGCGUUCCGAAUCCAAGUGGCAUACCAUCGUGAGCCUCAGGUGCUGAGGGAGAGCGUAAAUCCUGAAGGACUAUUGGUUGUGAGGGACAACGAGGAGGCUCAGGCUCUGGAGAUGGCCACUAUUCACAAGCCUCUACUCACUAGCACGUUACAUGGGCUCCAGCAGCAGCACCCAUGUUUUGGGGCCGUGUGUCGCCUGGCUAAACGCUGGCUGGGGGCUCAGCUCUUCAGUGACGACAUUACAGAGGACUCAGCAGACCUCCUGGUGGCGUCGCUUUUCCUGCAGCCUGCGCCCUUUACUCCUCCUGGUUCUCCUCAGGUGGGCUUCCUGCGUUUCCUUCAUCUGCUCUCUUCCUUUGACUGGAAGAACAACCCGCUGGUAGUCAACCUCAACAACCAGCUCACAGCUGCUGACUACACAGAGAUCAAGAACGGCUUCAUGGCCUCCAGGGAGUCUUUGCCCGUCAUGUUUAUAGCUACGCCUAAAGACAAAAAACUAUCUAUGUGGACCAGGCGAGCACCUAAUGUACAGAUGCUGCAGCGUGUGAUGAUGGUGGCUGCAGAGAGUCUCAAGGUACUGGAACAACAGCUGAUGGACGGCAACCAGAUACAGGAUGUCAAGGUGGUCAUGCGUCCUCCUCUAGAAGUCUAUGAUGCUGUGAUCCAUCUGAACCCAAAGCAGGUUCCUCUGCUCAGCCAGGCAGUUGAUCCUCCGUCUGUCACCUUCAGCAGAGGCGUCAUGACUGGCAGCGCAGCUCAGUCUGGAGGAUCCCUGCCAGUCAUCGACUACAACCCUGUAUCCCUGUACCUGGCAGAGCUAAGAGAGGCGUUUGGAGACCUGGCCCUCUUCUUCUGCGAUCCGUAUGGUGGAACAGUGAUUGCAGUUUUAUGGAAACCAAAGGCGUUCAGUCCAGUGCCCUUUAAGACAUCACAGGUGUCUGCUCGGAGUGUGAAAGUGACUGGAGAUGAAGCGAAUACUGUUCCCAAUGUUGAAGCGAUACUCGAGGACUUCCAGAUCAUGGGCAAGGGUUUGGUGAAAUCAGUGGAAGCCAGGACUGAAAAAUGGUCAUUUUAGACAACACACAGAUGGACGCACGCACACACGCACACACGCACACACGCACGCACACACACACACACACACACACACACACACACACACACACACACCACUUUCACCAUACUCAUAAUUUUAAUCUUUCACAUUUUCUCCAGAGAAGGUAUUUUGAUACCUUUGUUUUGAACAGAAAAACGAAAAUGAAUUUUGUCUUGUCUCGUUGACAGUAUUAUGUGUUAGUAAUAUUGCUGUUAAAGACCAGCCACUUGUUUGUUUUGAUGAGACCGUAUCCUAGUCUAAUAAAUGCAUAUCUACUCUUUGGA